GCCGGGCGCCGAGCACCCUCCUCCUCCUCCCCCUGGCCCAGGCGGGGGCUGCCCGCGGCGCCGGGGCCACACAAAGCGGCGAGCGGCGGUGCCUCCGCGCCGCCCGUCCGGCGACAGCCGCGCCGGCCAUGGAGCCGCCCGUGCCGCCUCAGGAGCAGCCGCCGCGCCCGCGCUCGCACACGGUCACCACCACCAGCAGCUCCUUCACCGCCAACCUGUCGGCCAGCUCCAGCACGCUCGCCUACGACAGAGAGUUCCUGCGCACCGUGCCCGGGCUCCUCAUGGUGACCGAGAUUGUGUUGGGGCUGCUGGUGUGGACCCUGAUUGCUGGAACAGAAUACUUUCUCUAUCCAGCCUUUGGCUGGGUGAUGUUUGUAGCUGUGUUUUACUGGGUUCUCACCGUCUUCUUUCUGAUCAUCUACAUGACAAUGACCUACACCAGGAUCCCGCAGGUGCCAUGGACCAUGGUGGGUCUAUGUUUUAAUGGAAGUGCCUUUGUUUUGUAUCUCAUUGCUGCCAUUGUAGAUGCAUCUUCAGUUACCAAAGAUCUGGACAAUCACAAUUACAACAGCUGGGCAGCUUCUUCGUUCUUUGCCUUCGUGGUUACGUCCUGCUAUGCUGGAAAUACGUAUUUUAGCUUUAUAUCCUGGCGAUCACGAACUUUGCAGUAAAUACUUUGUUAAAGUGAGUUCUGUGGUGUAAAGUACCUUGAGGAUUAUUCACUUUUGAUAAAAGCUUGGAAGAGGGGUGAGGUAUUUUUGAACAUUUCUCCUAGAAUUGACACAAUAUAAACCAAGAUCAAUUGAUUAUUUAUAAUAAUGCCAUCUUUAGAGACAUUUUUAACCUGACUUUGUACUAUAUAAUAAAAUUUCAUACUGCUUCUUUUAAAAUUAACAUAGUAUUUUUCUAGACACUGUAUAGUUGUUACUACUAGACCUUUAAAAAAUCUUACUAAAUGUGCCAGGUAUGUAAAUGUAACUUUUUAAAUGUUACAGUUAUACUUUUGAUACUGAAGGCUACCAAAACUAAGAUUGAUGUUGUGUCAUUAUUGUGUAUGAAAAAGUGACAUUGUGCAGGAAAAAAAAACACCUGAAAGUUUAAAAAAUAAAUAAAUAAAUGAUCCAACUGU